GAGAGUGUGCGCUCAACUAUCAGGUCAUCCAGUUCGUAAAAUCUGUUGUGUUCUGACAACGAGAACAGAGAGGAGCAAGAAGACUUCACUGAACAGACACAACACAUUCUGCACCUUCAGAAAUGCACGAAUUAUGGGAACAUUUAAUUGUUACACCUUGCAUUUUCAAUUUUUCAGGCUUUUUGGUUACAGUAAAAGAGUAGCAGGAAGACCUCAGGAUUUUAAAGAGGACAGAAUGAAGCAAACCUCUGGACUUAAUGGCUGGAUCAAAGAUGCUAUAAAGAAAAGAAGGAUACAUGACCUCUAACCAAACUUGGGAGGUAACAAACUUUUGUCUUUGAGAGUCUAACAGUGUUAAUAAGGGACAUUAUGAACUUGUAUGCCAACAUUUCAAAGCCUGUGCCUAAAAGCAUCUUCACCUCUUCAAACCUCAUGCCCUUUGACCCUGACACCUGGACACCGAGUCCGGACAUCAUGCUGGGUAAUGUGGUUCGUAACAGUUCGUUUGGCUGUAACAGAAGUUGGGCUGACACUGAAGCAUCUCUCUUUCCAAACGUAUCCAUCAGCAGCACUUCCAGUGAAAAAACAGAACCGCUGUCAUGGCAAAGGUGCAACGGCGAGACAAGCAAAGAGGAGUUAGUUCGGAAAAACUGGGCUGCGCUACUGAUUUUGGUUGUAGUCAUUAUUACGGUUACCGGGAAUAUUUUAGUAAUCAUGGCUGUCAAUCUGGAACGAAAACUGCAAAAUGCCACAAAUUACUUUCUCAUGUCACUGGCAGUGGCAGAUAUGCUUCUGGGACUUCUGGUCAUGCCUGUCUCCAUGGUGACCAUUGUGUAUGGUUACUCCUGGCCCCUCCCUGCAUCACUGUGUCCCAUGUGGAUCUACUUGGAUGUUCUCUUUUCCACUGCCUCCAUCAUGCAUCUGUGCGCUAUCUCGCUGGACCGUUAUGUGGCCAUCCGUAACCCCAUCCGACACAAUCGGUCAAACUCACGCUCCCGUGCCCGGGCCAAGAUCACGGCAGUCUGGACCAUCUCAGCAGGCAUCUCCAUGCCAAUCCCGGUGCUGGGUCUGCGUGAUCACACCAAAGUUUUCAAGGAUGGCAGCUGCCUAUUGACGGACAACUCUUUCGUAUUGAUUGGGUCCUUUGUGGCCUUCUUUGUGCCAUUGACCAUUAUGGUAGUGACCUAUUUCCUGACUAUCAGCGCUCUGCAGAGUGAGGCCACUCUCUGUCUCGACCAACUGGUGCCCAGGCCCAAAUGGAGCACAGGAUUCACUCUCAACUUCCUCCCAGGACCCUCAUUCUCGCCCUCUGAGAAAAAACUGUUCUUGCGGCGCUCGUUGAGCCGUGAGGUGGGGGCAGAGUCAGGGGUUGUGAUGCCACCUUUCGGACGAAAUAUGGUGCAGUCCAUCAGCAACGAGCAAAAAGCCUCCAAAGUUCUGGGCGUGGUUUUCUUCCUGUUCGUAGUCAUGUGGUGUCCAUUUUUCAUCACUAAUGUUUUAGCGGUGGUUUGCGAGCCAGCGACGUGUGAUGCCGACGUAAUGAACAGUCUGUUGAAUGUGUUUGUGUGGGUUGGUUACCUGUCCUCCGCCGUUAACCCGUUGGUUUACACACUCUUCAACAAGACUUACCGCUCAGCUUUCGCCAGAUACAUCCGAUGCCAGUUUCAUGAGGAGAAGAAACCGCUACAACUAAUUCUGGUCAACACCAUUCCACCGCUGGCCUAUCAGUCCACACACCUGCCGCUCACUGGAUCAAUAGGCAAUGGGGAUUUCUCUCUGCCCCUUCCCAAUAAAAAACACCAUCUGUCCAAAAGCAGCAAAAAUGAGAGUGUCAGCUGCUUGUGAAUUCUCUCUGUGAACUCACAAAAUGCCAGC